CAAUCAUAUUCCUUUCGCUCAUGCAGGCCUGAGCGGUUUGAGAACCGGCUCUAAUCACCAGUAGCGUAGCCAUAGUUGUUUGACAUAGCUUGCUGUCGAGAUUCAGUAUGGAUCCCGAAGCUUACGACCGGGCUAUCAAGCUCGUCCAGGACUAUCAUGAUCAUGUGGAACAAUACGAUGUCGAACACGAACGGAUCGAUUCGGAUGACAUGCUGGGGAUGAUGCGGGUGUUGAUGGAAGCGAGCCCUCGGUUGAUCAAGGGGAUGGACGGGCUGGAAGACGGGACGGACCAGCCUGGCAGCUCUUCCCAGCGAACAAAUACGGCGGGCUUUCGGUUCUGGGAACGACAAGGACUGUCGAGCGUUCUAGGGGAAUCGAAAGUCUCGAUCGCCGUCACGCCGAAUGGGUUGGCAGAUUCGGUACAGUACGACGAGGAGACGGAGAAGGCAUACUUUGCCAUGCCCCUAACAGAGAAGAUGACGGUGGACGAGCUAUUCAGGAAGAUCGACGACCAAGACGAUACCGACGUGUGUUACCUUCAAUCCCAGAAUGGCAACAUCUGGGACCGGUUCAAGGAGGAGGAAGAGGACGACCCGCCAGAGUUGAGCCGGUUCCAGGAAUACGUCCUGAGAGGUCCUCGGGUGAUGCAGAAGCUGGGCAAGGAGCCGGAUGCGGUAAACCUCUGGGUAGGGACGAGCAAGAGCACGACGACUUUGCAUAAAGACCCGUAUGACAACCUGUACCAAGUCUUGAGCGGCUCCAAGACGUUUACUCUCUUGAGCCCGAUCGAGGGUUUCUUGUUGAACCCGAUGUUUUACCCUACGGCGACUUAUGUACGAACACCGGACUCUAGCUUACGUCUAGUCCCCGAUCCCAUCCCACCUUCUUCCACGUUGGGCGGUAGUCGAGGUGUCCCGUGGACGACAAUAGAUCCGACAUCGUUAUCCUCAUCGGACCGGGCGAGCCGAGCUCUGAGACCGACGACGAUCGUGGUACGCGAAGGGGAAUGGUUGUACCUCCCUGCGAAUUGGUGGCAUCACGUUCAGCAGGCCGAGGGGGACGAGGGGAUCUGUGUGGCCGUCAACCACUGGUACGAUGCGCCCUUUCGACCCGACGUUUACGCGAUGGAGCAGUUCAUCCUGAAAGCACUCGGACGUGGGGAUCUGGCGGUGGCGGACGAUGACGAUGACGAUAGCGAAGGUAGCGAGCAGGGCGAGAGUGACGAUGAUGAUGAUACGCAGAGCGAGCAGAGUUGUUGGAGUUGCAAUCGAUAGCAGAUGGUGAUGGGGGUAUUCUCUUCGUUAUCAGCUCCCCCGUCCGUGUUCCUCGGGACCGGCGAUGUGCGAAUGAUGCAUGCAUGCAUGCGAUGAUGAUCGUGUGACCCAGGGGCGCGCGAGACACGGAGGCAAUUGGGGGAAUUGGAUCCACCUGAUACCACCCACCGCACCGCUCGUUGCCUUCUAGCUCUUGGCUCCAACGAAUCCGGGAAGAGGUCGAUGGCAGUUGUUG